GUGAAUUCACAAGGCUGCACGUUUUCAGGAAGUGGCACGACAUCCCCAGGAAGCAGGUGACCUACGGGGAUGUUGGGCUCACCUACAUGUACUCUGGUGUCACCUUUUCCCCCAAGCCCUGGAUUCCAGUUCUGAAUCGCCUCAGGGACCGCGUCCAGCUGGUCACCGGGCACACCUUCAACUUCGUUUUGAUAAACAGGUACAAAGAUGGGCACGACCACAUGGGAGAGCACAGGGAUGACGAAAGGGAGCUGGUCCCCCGCAGCCCCAUUGCCUCCUUGUCCUUCGGUGCCCGCAGGGACUUCAUCUUCCGCCACGCGGCUUCUCGGGGCAAAAACCCCUCCCGACGAAUCGCACCGGUCAAGUUGCAGUUGGAUCACGGCAGUCUGCUAAUGAUGAACUUCCCCACCAACCACCACUGGUACCACAGCCUGCCCAGCCGCAAGAAAGUGCUGGCACCCAGAAUCAAUCUGACCUUUCGGAAAAUCAGGACUCUUUAGCUCCCAGAAGCGGGGGAAGGGGGGGGAGAGAAGCAUCUUUCCACCCUUUCCCUUUUGGGUGCCUGAAGCCCCCCCCCCCUAUUUCUCACAGGCUGUGGCCUGGGUUUAUAGCUCCCUUUUCUUGAAACCUAUCUGGACACAAAAGUGGGCUUUUGUAAUCACAGCCUCUGUUUGCACAACCUGAUGCAGCCCCUGGGUUCUCUAACCAAUUGGGUUGACUGAAUAAACCGUUGGUUAAUUAUGGGGGGGGGGAGUGUGCUGCACAAACAGCAACUCUGGCUCAGUGCAUGUUCAAUCUGCUUGCUGCUUAAGGAGCUGGUCAAGAUUCAUGGUGCUUCUCUAAGCAGGAGGCAUCACUGUCUUAAUUCGAGUAAAGUGUCUCUACCAAUGCAGGCCUCUUUCUGCCCAGGGAAUCCCACAGCUUGGAGCUAAGGAGGGGCCUGAGUCUUCCCAGGGCUUAUUUACGCCUUGUCCUACCCACUCCUUUCCAUUUGAGCAAACCUGAGGCGACUGCAAGCAGCAGCAUGCCUGAGGUCCACAAACUACUGUUUUGUGUCUUUUUAAAUACCCUGAAAUAAAGAAAAAGUGAUC